AAAUGGAUUUCGAUGUCGAAAAGUUUAUUUCAGAGAUUCAAAGUCGCUCUGCUAUCUGGGACAUGAAAAGCACACAAUAUAGUGAUAGACUCCUAAAACUGAAACAAUGGGAAGAAAUUGUUACCUUAUAUUUGGAGCCAGGACAAACUUCUGACAAAGAAAAGAAAGAACUCGCAGUAAGAUGGAAAAAUAAUGCUUAUAAUUGUAGUACAGCGAUCCAGUUAGAGAUGUCGAUAACUGUAAUGCAGAUCGGUAAAGGAACACCCCGUGGCCAGGUAUCUGAAACAAUAUAUUUUUUUAUUACAGGGCGCUCGCUAGAAAUAAAGUGGAAAAACCUUCGAGACGCCUUCAUGAAGGAGUGUCGAAGCCAAAAAAAUAUAAAGAGCGGAGCAGGAGCUAAGAAAAAUAAUCAGUAUAGAUUUUAUAAUCAAUUGUUAUUUUUAAAAUCUUACGCUGGAAAAAAUAAAACUCAGAACAGUUUGUCUGCAGGAGACGAUGAAUCAGUCGGGGAAGGUAAUGAAUCAGUUGGAGGACCAUAUGAAGACAGAGCCUUAGGUACUAAAAGAAAGAAAUCUGAUCCUGCUGAAGAAAUGACGCGAGAGAAUCGAUACCCUGAAAACUUCAAUAAACAAAAAAGAAAACGAAGAAGAUCCUGACCGACAGUUUAUGCUCUCUUUGGUGCCUGAUUUCAAGAAAGUACCCGAUCGAUUAAAAUCUGUCGUGAAAAUAAAAAUAAUUAGAUACAUAUCACAAGCUCAGGAUGAAAUGUACAAUUAUAAAGAGUCAGGCGACGCUACAAUGUCCUAUACUAAUAAUCAAAAUCAGGGUUAUUAUACGAAUACUUCAUCAUAUGCGCACCAGCAAAACGAGCAAGGGACCUCUGCUGCCGGAAUUGCAGAUAAUAUUAUAGAAGCAAUAUCAGCAACACCCACCACAGUUAAUUCAAACAUUACUGAUGAAUCGGAGAUUUUAUCACUGUUUUAAAACCAUAGUGUGCUCAUUGCACGGAAGAUAGAAAGCUGUGAUUAUGUUAAUUAGUUUAAGGUAGAUACAUAAAUAUGUACGUGAUUGAUCCUGUGAUAAAGAAAAAAUUACUGUGAUUUGAUUACUAAAUAAGAAAUUAUGCUCAUUGUGCGGAAGAUAGAAAGCUGUGAUUAUUUUAAUUAGUUUAAGGUAGAUACAUAAAUACGUGAUUGAUCCUGUGAUAAAGAAAAAAUAACUGUAAUUUGAUUACUAAAUAAGAAAUUAUGCUCAUUGUGCGGAAGAUAGAAAGCUGUGAUUAUGUUAAUUAGUUUAAGGUAGACACAUAAAUACGUGGUUGAUCCUGUGAUAAAGAAAAAAUAACUGUGAUUUGAUUACUAAAUAAGAAAUUAAAAUUACUAAUUAUAAUUAGAUGUAGGUACAAAAAUCUAAAAAAUCUUCAAAAAAGACUGAGGUAGAUUUAA